AUGUCCGAGAGCUACGAGCUGGCGUUGUAGGCUUCGUGGAAGCUGCGCGUUGUGCUGCUGGCGGCGGGUCAUUCAGCGCUGUGUUUCGGAAGGAGGACACGGGACGCAGGAGUGGCCGGGACCGCUGAGCGGAGUGGAUGGGCUGAGGGAGCCGCCGGGAUUGUGAGAGGCCGGAGAGGGACUGCCUGCACCGGGGCAGCAGCAUGGCAUUUGAAUACAUUGUGGAAUAUGACUAUGAUGCGGUACAUGAGGACGAGCUGUCUAUACGGGUCGGGGACAUCAUCAAGAAUGUGAAGAAGCUGGAUGAUGAGGGAUGGCUGGAAGGAGACUUACACGGCAAGCGAGGAGCUUUUCCUGAUAACUUUGUUAAGGAAAACAAGAAAGAUGCUGAACCAAAGGAAGAAAAUGUACCCAAAAGGGAGAAACCAGGCAAUGUGGCGAGUCUGGUGCAGCGGAUGAGUGUUUAUGGCAUUCCAGGGAUUGGGCCGCCUCCUCAGAACAGGUCCUUCAAGAGAAAGUCUAAGAAGAGGCAGUGCAAAGUUCUCUUUGACUACUUUCCGCAGAAUGAAGACGAACUGGAACUCAAAACUGGGGACGUCCUGGAAAUCACAGAGGAGGUAGAAGAAGGAUGGUGGAGUGGGACCUACAGUGGCCGAUCUGGCCUGUUUCCAUCAAACUUUGUGAAAGAGCUGGAUCUGUCAGACGACGCAGAGAGCCAGGAGAGUUCUGAAGACACAGCAGAGCCUCCUGCCGCCCCCGCUGGUGCUUCCCCUUCUUCUCCUGCGUUAUCUCCUGGUAAUAGCUUAGAAGCUUCCACACCCACCGUCGCUCACCCAAAGAAAGUCAUGGGAGUUGGUUUUGGAGAUAUUUUCAAGGAAGGGUCUGUGAAGCUGAAACCGAGGAUGCCACCUGCAGAUCCUGAAAUCAAGAAGCCAGAGAAGCCGUCACCUACACCACCAGCAAUUAAAGCGACGCGCACACUAAGCUCAGAUCUACCAAAAACAGAAGUUGACGGCAAAGCAAAAGCCAAAGAGACGUGCAGAGCGUUGUAUCCCUACGGAGCACUCAAUGAGGAUGAACUCAGUUUUAAAGAAGGCGACACAAUCCACCUAAUAACUAAAGAUACUGGCGAUCCUGGUUGGUGGAAAGGGGAGCUCAAUGGUAAAGAAGGGGUUUUUCCUGACAACUUUGCUGCUAUUAUCCCUGAUUCUGAAAAGGAAUUACAGAAGCCAAAGAAGCCUCCACCUCCGAAAAGUACGGUGCCAAAGCCUGAACUUCGACAUGGAGACAAAAAGUUCACUCCUCCCAAAUCAGAAGAGAAAGAUGAAAGGCCAUCUCUUGAGCAUAAGCCAUCCCUGGAUCUCAAGCCAUUGGUGGAUUUCAAGCCUGCGAAACCAGCGGCGCCUCUGGUACCUCCCAAGAAACCCACUCUUGUAAAUAAGUCAUCUAAUCUGGUCAAGCCGGCAACCAUCCCACCCAAGCGACCUGAAAAGCCAGCCUUCUCAACACUUCCAUCCAAACCAAAUGGGGAGUCACCUCGACCAAAGUCAGAAUUUGAGCCAUUUAGCAGAACAAAAAUGGAUCUAGAGCAAAUUCUGAGCCGACCAAAAUCUCAGGAGGUGGAGCCGAGUACAGCGAAAAGCCCCCGAGAAAAUGCUCCCUCAGAGCUCAGUUUUGAUGAACUUCUGCCUACCUCAGAAAACUUGUCUCACCCAACUGCCAGCCGACCAAAGAUGCCCGGCAAGAGGCUGCCCGGCCGCUUCAACGGUUCCAGCCCUCAGGCUUCACCUCCGACCGAGACCCAGAUGGUACCAGUACAUCAUGAAGAGGAGAAUGAAAGUGCCAAAACGCCUCCACCGGAAGUAAAGAAGCCAUCUGUAACCACAUCCUCGGCCUCUAUAUUUACACCCACACCGACUGUGUCAAAACCCAGCACCACCCCAAUGAGCCCCAUUCUAGUGCACAAUAAAACAAAGCUUGAUGUAAAUGAUGGGAAGAAGAGCGAAGUGGAGGAGAUAAGAGCCCAGCUGGGCGAGCUGCUCACUCUUGUGGAUGCACUUAGGAAAGAACAUAGGAAAGAAAUAGACAAAUUAAAGAAAGACUUGGAAGAGGAGAAAACACUACGAUCCAGUUUAGAGAGCGAGAUCGAUAAAUUGAAGAAAGCCGUACAGCUGACAUGAGACAGACGUCC